AUGCUGAGGCCUAGCCUCACUCUCCUCCUGCUCUCCGCUCUCCUGUUUGCCCACAUUCUUGUCGAUGAUGUCUCGGCCACCACAAUGACCUUCGUCAACAAAUGCUCCCACCCAGUCUGGCCGGGAAUCCAACCCAGCGCCGGCCAGCCCAUCCUCGCCAAAGGCGGCUUCACUCUCCCACCCAACAAGGCCACCACCCUCCACCUCCCUCCUCUCUGGUCCGGCCGCUUCUGGGGCCGCCACGGCUGCGCCUUCGACGCCUCCGGCCGCGGCCGCUGCGCCACCGGCGACUGCGGCGGCAACCUCUACUGCUCCGGCCUCGGCGGCACCCCUCCCGCCACCCUCGCCGAGAUCACCCUCGGCCACGAGCAGGACUUCUAUGACGUCAGCCUGGUCGAUGGGUACAACCUCGCCAUCUCCAUCACACCCUACCAGGGCUCCGGCAAGUGCAGCUACGCCGGGUGCGUCAGCGACCUGAAUAUGAUGUGUCCGGUGGGGCUGCAGGUGAGGUCACAUGAUAACCGGCGCGUGGUGGCGUGUAAAAGCGCGUGCUCUGCGUUUAACUCGCCGAGGUAUUGCUGUACCGGAAGCUACGGGAGCCCGCAGUCGUGUAAGCCAACGGCGUAUUCCCGGAUAUUCAAGACGGCGUGCCCGAGAGCUUAUUCUUAUGCUUAUGAUGAUCCCACCAGCAUUGCUACUUGCACCAGGGGAAACUAUGUGGUCACCUUCUGCCCUCGCCAUGGCCACCGUUGAUUAGUUAGCGCUAGUUUGUAGUAGUAGUAAUCUCGGUUAAUUAAGAUUAGUGUUGCACCUCGCAACUGUUGCUUAGCUUCCAUGACUGUGUUUGUGUUUUUUUUAUGUAAUGCUAUGAAGAAGAUGAAGGGCGUUUUGGUAACACCGACCG